AUGACCGAGGCCGAGGAGGGAACCACCAAGGUCUCAAUGCCAUAUCGAGCAGUACAGGUCUGCUCUACCUGUAAGCUCCGGAAAAAGCGAUGCGACAAGACCUUACCAAUAUGUGGGUACUGCGGCAAAAGAAACCUCCUUUGCCGGUACGAAGACUUCCCCCAGCCCAAGGGCGAGUCCGAUGCAGUGGCUGCCAUGCUUAUGCAGAUGGUCUCACUCUUGGGCCCGUCGGGAAGCAUGUCAACAUCACAUAGGAUCUGGUACCAAGUUCAGCGCAUCAUACAAUUUGCAAGCCUAUCGUUGCAGGAGAUCGGUCGUUGCUACUUCAACAACUUUCACAAAUGGCUUCCACUCAUAUCAUACCAGGUAUACGAGGAAGAGGUUACUGCUUAUAAUUGGAUGUCCUGCCCCCCAGCGGCGGACUUCUCCAUUCUUACACUAGCUAUGUGCCUCAUAACGCUGCAGCCCAAUCGUGAAACACCAAUAACCCCACAGGGUCUAUACGGAACCGUGAAGGUGCUCUUCGCAGAAACACAAGCUAUGAUGUGUGCGCCCGACCGCCUGCUUCAAGCCAGUUUGCUGAUUGCGGCGUAUGAAUAUGCCAAUGGCCGGCCAGAGGCAGCACAUAUAACCAUGGGGACAUCCAGUAGGAUUGCAUUUGGUAUUGGCCUACAUAAUACCGACUUUGAGCAGCCAUUUUCAGUGGGUGACCGUGUCAGGAUAGAGGAGCGUCGACGAUGUAAUUUGUGGUGGGGUGGGAUCAUUUUAGAACGGCUCAUUAUAUGCGAAAUCAAAGAUAAAGAGCAAACGCCCAUUACGGAGUACCCACCUCCAGAGUUCCCACUACCAACAGACCUUGACUGCGACGGCAUGGACAGUCCCGAUGCAGACCAGAUUGCACAGAUAAGUAGCUUUGGGCGUCAGGCACAGGCGGUGUUCCUGCUAGAUCAGGUGUUGGCCGCGAGACGACUACCCCUGACCGAUAAAUGCAAGAUGCUAGAGCUUCGAAGACUGGACCGGCACCUCCAGGACUUCCUCUCAAUGCUCAUGAGCACAACCACUGCCAAAAUAGGUCAUGACUGCGGCCCUAUUGCUCCUGCUGUGAGGGCACUUUCCCUAAUACACCAGGAAAUUCUAGAUUACUCCCCUGACACAGUCGACAUGCGAUGCUUGCACUACUCCCAAUCGGCGCUGGAAAUGAUUACCAAUGUGGUAGUGGACGUUGCACGCCACCACAAGGAGCAAAUCGCGUGCGAAAAUGCUCGUGUUGAUUUGCUUCCCCUAAGCUGCUCUUAUACAUUGCACUUGGCCAUGAAAAAUACACGGGAUUGCUUGGGAAUUUCCUGCCCGCACAGACACCCGAGCGACCUGGAAUCCCUGGAUCAGCUGGACCGCGUAUUUUCUAACCGAUGGAAGGCGAAGGAGCAAUGA